AUGGCCCCCCACCGAAGACACUACAAAACCACCGGAGCCCCGGACUACGAUAGCCCUGAAUUCUGGGAUCAUCGCUUUGCCACCGGCCGUGAUGUGGGAGAGUGGUUGAAUUCGGGCCAUGUUUUAAUCGACGCCGUCUUAUCCGACCUGGACCAACGGGCCCAUUUACAUUCCCCAGGCAACUCCCCACGUGUGUUGCAUCUGGGCCCCGGCGUCUCACGCCUUGGUCAAAGACUGCGCGACGCCUUUCUCGAGCAACGCUGGUCCGCCGAUGGAAUCUUGAACGUCGACUUCUCCUCCGAGGCCGUGCGGAUCGGUCAAAAUGCAGAACGAGAUAUCCCCCCGGGACACGCCAUGCACUGGCGCCGAGCCGACCUUCUCCUCUGGGACCAUGUCGCGACCUUGGCGCCCUUCGCUCCCUUUGAUGUCAUCCUCGACAAAAGCACCAGUGACGCGAUCGCAACCUUUAGUGACUGCGAAGUCUCGGCUUUCGACUUACCCGAAAUCUGCCCAAUCGUACGAGAGGUGGCUCAAGAUAACGACAACGACAACGGCACGACAAUAUUGUCUCCAGUCGAGCUGCUCGCCUUGAACCUCAUUCCAUUGACUCGAAAGGAUACUACUUGGGUUACACUCUCGUAUUCUACUCUGCGGUUCGAUCGCCUUCCAGCCCUCGAUAAAUAUUGGACUUUGCGUUCCCGCACUGCUCUGAAGGCCCCCGCUGGCCCGGUCUCGUCUUCCGCACAUACUCCCGACGUGUUUCAUUGGGUCUAUAUCUUGGAUCGCAAGUGA